UUUCUUUCUGUAACUUUAGCUAAAUGAAUUACCUGGAGGAAGCAUUUGCAAACCUGAAAUUAGAUCAAGUUGAGGAAUUAAACCAACGAGCACAAGAAGAGUCGGUCGAGACGAAACCUACUGCUUCUCCAUCGUUAACACCGAGAGAAUACCAAUAUGAGAUUUUUAAAGAAGCUGUGAAACAAAAUACAAUCGCUGUAUUAGAUACGGGAGCAGGGAAGACGUUGAUUUCAGUCAUGCUUAUCAAACACAUGAGAGCUAUCGAAAAUGAAAAGUAUCGUGCCUCUUCAACCUAUAAGCGUAAGAUCACAUUCUUUUUGGUUGAAAGGGUUCCGCUUGUUUUCCAGCAAGCAAGUGUGUUGGAAGCCAAUUGCGAUGCUCGUAUUGAAAAAUUAUGCGGAGAAAUGAAUGUAGAUGUGUGGUCACUCGAAAAAUGGCGGUCCAUACUGGACAAUGUCGAUAUUUGUGUAAUGACCGCACAGAUCUUUUUGGAUAUUUUGCAACGAGCUUUCCUGUCCCUUGAUGAAGUAAACCUGUUGAUAUUCGAUGAAUGUCAUCAUGCUGUAAAGAAUCAUGCUUUUAAUCUCAUCAUGUAUCAAUUUUACCACUCCAUCGUAGCUCCACAUAUAUUACCAAAAGUGUUUGGCAUGACGGCCUCGCCCGUUUUUUCAACAAAAAAAGACAUUUACACAAGCAUUAGUGUAUUGGAAACUAAUCUCGAUUGUAAAGUCUAUACUGCGAAGAACACUUUAGAAUUGAGAAGUGCAAUUAAAAAAGCUUCUGAACCUGUUAUUUACUACUCCAUGUCAGUAAUUGAUGAUUUACCCCCACAGGUACCUAACUCUAAAGAAAAGCAAUCUGUCCCAUUACGCUACAAUGGAAGAACCGUGUUGACUACAUUGAUUGAUAGUAGAAUCCGAAAGGUAUAUGGCUACGACAAUUGUUUGUCUGUUAUAGAUUACAUUUCCAAUAAUUUGGGGCCCUGGUGCUCUGAUAAACUAUGGAGAGAAAUGCUACAGGGAGCUCAUAUACAUGGUCUAUAUACAGACAGUUAUGCACCACAUCGCUGCCUCUCUUUAGAGGAUUCUGACUUGGUAAAACAAGCUUACGAAUUAUGUACACCAGUUACUCCUAAUCCGGAUAUACGAAAUGAACGUCUGUUCACACCAAAAGCUAAAGAAUUAAUCAACUGUCUAAGAGCCAUUCAUAUCCAACCCAAUUUCUGCGGCAUCAUUUUCGUUGAAAGAAGGCAUACAGCAAAAUCGAUCAAAAUUUUAAUAGAUGCCUUAGAUGUCUUCAAAGAUACGAUUCGUUGCGAUAUCCUGAUCGGGCAUGGUGGCUCAAGUCGUGGUGAUGUGCGCAUGAAAUUCCAUGAUCAAAUUUCUGUAAUCCAAAAAUUCAGAACAGGCGAAUUGAACCUUCUUGUUGCUACAAGUGUAGCCGAAGAAGGUCUAGAUAUCCAAUCCUGUAAUUACGUUAUUAGAUUUGAUUUGUUCAAGACUUUACCUGCGUACAUACAAUCACGCGGAAGAGCUCGAUGUAAGAAUUCUAAGUAUAUCCUGAUGAUUAACUCUCUCAAUCCAAAAGAGAUGAAUCUAUUAAACAAAUUUAAGUUACAAGAAGAUCAAAUGAAACAACUAUGCAAUUUAUUACCAGAAGAACGCAACGUUGCUCGACUAUUUGACACAGGAGAAGAUAUAAAUACUGAGCUAAUUAAGCAGACAUCAAUGGAAGAACAUUUACGAGGAGCCUAUAAAAUUCCCAAAACAAAUGCUCUUUUGACACUCUCUGGUGCAAUUGCGCUCGUCUAUCAUUAUUGUGCUACUUUACCAUCCGAUGAAUUCUGCCAGUUUAAGCCUGUAUAUCGGUUUGAAAAAGUUUCGUCUGACGACGAAAAUCCUUUAUUUCGUUGUAUCUUAACGUUACCCAUUAACUCGGUACAGCAACAAUUCGAAAGCUAUGACGCUUCUAGAGAUAGUGUCAAGAAGAAGAUCUCUUUGGAAGCUUGUGUUGCGUUACACAAAACUGGUGCCAUUGACGACAAUCUUGUGCCAGUCAAUAAAAAAAUCAAAUUGAAAAUAAUUUCACAAGAAAGAGAUGAGGACGGUAAACAAGUCGGUAGCCGCGGUCGAGAGAAUGUAUAUUGUAAAAAGAUUCCAUCUUUCUAUACCAGAUCUAUUAGGGAAGAACUUUCAUUAUCUCCAUACUACAUUGCGUUUAUCGAAGUAGUAGAUGACCCAAAUUAUCGCAAACUAUGCUUGAUUACAAAAAGUCCUAUACCUGUUAUUUCGAAUAUAAUGUUAUCCGAUGGUAGCCAAGUAUGCAUAACCACUGUAACAAGAUUUAUAUUUCAAAAGAUGCAGCAAGUGGAGCUACUGGCAGACUAUAUGCUUGCAGUAACCAGAUCUGUUACCAACAAAGAGUUCACCUGCCCUCGAAAAGAUGUUCCAUAUUUCAUUGUCCCGCUUGAAAAAAACAACCAGGCUUUUGAUUGGAAGGAGAUGAAAAGGUCAAUUGAAAACAAAAAAACACCUUUGGAUCCUUCGUGUAAAGAUGCCAUUGUCUAUGAUUCCAGUAGUGGCAAGCAGUAUUUUGCAAACGAGUUUGAAAGAAGUCUCACACCCAACUCAAUCGUACCAGAGAAGGAAUAUUCCUUCAUUGACUAUUACAAAAAUAAGUACGGUAUAACAAUUAAAGACUUAAACCAACCUUUAUUAUCUGCAAAGAGGAUACUCAGAAACAAACCAGAAGAGGAACAAAAAACAUGUUAUCUUAUACCAGAAUUGUGCCAAGUGCAUUCAAUCAGUGCAAGUGUCUACCGUAGUUUAGAGAUACUUCCUAUUAUUACAUCACAUAUCGAUAUCAUGUUAACUGCUCAAGAUGUGAAGCAAUUGCUAAAAUUGAAUAUGGUAAAGGAUUCGCUUAUGGCGGAAGCAUACAUUGCUUCAUCUGCUGAUUUAGACAGAAGCUAUCAAAGACUCGAAUUCUUGGGGGAUUCCGUGCUCAAAUUAAUCUCAUCGACACUUGUAUUUACACAAAACGUGCAUAGUAAUGAAGACGCAUUGACUGAAUCUCGCAUAUCGAUGAUUAGUAACAAAGCGUUAUUUGAAACGGCGAAAAAACUAAAGCUUUAUCAAUACAUUUACAGCCAGCAUGUUAGUCGUCGAUUUUGGCGCCCACCUCAUUUCAAAACCGAUUCAGAUAGUGAACAAAUGACAAAAAGUAUGAACUUCCAUAAACUAUCGGACAAGACGCUAGCGGAUAUUAUUGAAUCUACUUUGGGAGCAGCAUAUCAUAGUGAUUCGUCAUUGUCUGUAGCUUUACAUGCAGCUAUUCAAUUAGGUGUUCCCCUGCACAAUGUCCGCGUUUGGUCGGACUUUCACAAGACCUUUCAGAGACCUUUGUCACGCUACGAUGCGACGUUACGAGAAGUGGAUGUCCAACGUGUCACUGAUAUUAUUGGGUAUCAAUUCAAGGAUUCAUCAUUGCUUGUUGAAGCGCUUACUCAUGCUAGUGUACCAGUAUCUUCUGUACCAUGUUAUCAACGUCUGGAAUUUCUUGGUGAUGCUGUACUUGAUUUUUGCGUAACCAUUUAUUUGUUUCGAAAGUAUGGUACCGCACCACCGGGUCAACUUCAUAAUCUCCGGAAAUCCAGUGUCAACAACAACAUUUUAAGUGUCCUAUGCGUUAAUUUGAAGUUACAUGGCCAUAUCCGACACGCAUCUGAUUAUCUUGUAUCUGAAAUAAAGUAUUUCGUUGAACAAUUAGAGAAUGCAAUGGACACAAAUGGCGAGUAUUGGUUGGAUUUCUAUCCACCCAAAGUAUUGUCAGAUGUAAUUGAAAGUUUGAUUGGUGCUGUCUAUACGGACUGUGGUUUUAAAGUCGAGCCGGUGAUUAACCUAAUUGAGAGGUGGUUGGAACCAUUAUUAGAGGAGCAUAUUUCUUUGGAAUUGAUACAAACGCAUCCAGUUGAAAAACUAAAAUGUUUGGCACAAGCGUAUGGAUGUAAUCAAUGUGAAACAAGGAAUAUUACCCAGCCCAAUGGUCCACAAAAAUCUGUUGUAUUUAUUCAUGAGAAAGCAUUUACCAGCGGAUCAGGAUUUAAUACGAGAGAGGCUCGAAAGCAAGCAGCGACACGAGCUUGUGAAUUAUUGACAAAUGAGACAUUCGCUCAAUAUUGCAAUUGCAGGACCCCUUCAUAUUGACUUUUAAAAUUUGUGCACGGGUUUUCAUAAGUUUUUUUUUUUUUUUUAAUCUCAAAACUUGUUUACGAUUGGUAACACUAUGGUAAUAUAAUAUCUUUUAUUUCAUUUUCGUGCCCGCAUUUUUUU